UAUCUAGUGUUGCUUAAAUAGGGACUGGUUGUAAUGGAUACCACUCUAGAAAAAGGAAUCCUAAUUGUUCCUGGAAGAAAGUCAUUCUCACAGUCAACUACAACUUCAUAGCUAGUUAUGGAGUUGCUUCUGGUUCAAGGUAUAUUUCCUCCUAUGUGGUUAAUCCCCUGAAUCAUGAUAAACUCCAAUUGGGCCUUGAUCAUGGCACUUCUACUUCCAUUUCCUGUUCUCAGUAGUCAGAAAAAGACAUGUGAAUGAAACCAGAAAAUCAUGAGUAGAUUUCCUAGUUAAGAGGAUGUCAUUCUUCAGUUAGCUUGAACAUCCCAAGAUGAUACUGAGAACUCCACUUAUGAGGAUGCUUCCUCUUGCUGGUACAUCAAAGAUCAUGGCAAUGAGUAAGAAGCAGGCCUCCACAAAGAUAUACACCCGCACUGGGGAUAAAGGGAAGACAUCAACAUAUACAGGAGAACGUAGGCUGAAGAGUGACCCCAUCUUUAAUGCACUUGGUACCUUGGAUGAACUCACUUCACACAUUGGACUGGUGAGCGCAUCUGCAACAAAAGGUGAAUACAUGGAGCAACUAAAGCGCAUUCAGUGCAUAUUGCAAGAUAUAGGAUCAUUGAUUGCAACUCCACGGAGUUCGGCCAAAGAAAAGCAUGCUUACCUCACAGAGUUUGACAAAUCUUUCAUUGAAGACAUGGAGGCCUGGAUUGAUGCUUACACAGACCAUCUGCCUCCUCUCAAGGCUUUCAUCUUGCCUGGUGGAACAGUGAGGAGUGCACAAAUUCACAUAGCAAGAUCUGUAUGCCGACGUGCAGAGAGGUCGAUCCUUCCAUUGGUAAUAGAUGAGGAAGUGGAUCCAAAGGCUCUUGCAUUCGUCAACAGGUUGAGUGAUUAUCUUUUCACGUUAGCAAGAUUUGUGUGCCAUGAAGAAGGAGGAGAAGAAACAUCCUAUCGAAAACCUCGACCACAUUCUGAAGGGCAUGAUUGAAGAUACAAAGCUUUAUAAGCCUCACGAAAUCAUAUGUAUUUAUUUGAGAUUAUGUUACACCGCCAUAUUGAUUUUAAAAAGGUAAUUCUCUGGACUGGGUGGAAACCCACUUGAUUUCAGUGAAAGUGAAAUGCAGAG